AAAUGGAACUUCUGAAAUUAGUUCUGCAGAACAAGCAAGGAAGAUGUGUGAACUGGUAUUCUGGUUUUCAUCUAAACUGACUCCGCUCUUAUCUCAGGACAAGAACUUUAUCAUCAGUCCUGUAUCUCUAUAUACCAUCCUAGACCUAGUUGUUCAGGGAUCUGAUGGAGAAACGAAGACUCAGAUAGAGAAUGUUUUGGGAUGUAAAGAAUUUAUCAGCUAUGAAGAGAUUAAAAGGAAGGUUAAAACUGCUGAGUUGACUCUGAAAAAUAGUGGCUCCUGCACUAUUCCUCCCUGUGGUGCAAGUAAACUUUUUAUGGAAACUGGAGCCUUUGUGGACAAAAAUACACCUUUGCUCCCAGAGUUUACUGCAAAUCUGAAAAAUACCUCAAGGUUUGAAUUAGUCGAGUUUAUGAACGCUGAUGCUACCGCGAAUACUAUUAAUACCUGGGCUUCAACCUCCACCAACAACCUCAUCCCAACCAUCACGCAGAGGGAGGAGAUUCUUCCCAACAUGAAGAUGAUCUUCGUUAACAUUAUCUACUUUAAAGGAUCCUGGAUGAACAAGUUUGAUCCUGCAAACACCCAACAAGAAGUAUUCCAUGGAUUACAAGGAGAUAAAACGGUUCCAAUGAUGCACUUGGAGGGAAAAUUUAUGGUUGCAUAUAACUCAGGUUUAAAGUUUAUGAUGGUUAUCUUACCCUACUCCGGACUCAAUAUAUCAAUGGGUUUGAUACUACCUGAGGAGGGGACAGAUACCGCUCAGAUCAUGAAGAAUAUGCAUACCGGUGAGUUGAACCAGAUCUGUGAGAACGAAACUCCGGAUGCUGUUAUCGAAACGGAAGUAUCUCUGAAAGUUCCGAAGUUUACGUUCAAUGUUGAAGUUCCCUUGAAAGAACACAUGAAGAGACUGGGGGUUAAGGAUUUGUUUGAAAAAGGAAAAGCAAACUUGAAGAAAAUGUCGAGCCUGGAAUUGUAUGUGGAUGAGAUAAUUCAUAUAGCAAAUAUUGAUGUAAACGAAGAGGGAUCUGAAGCGGCUGCAAUCUCAAAGGUGUCCGUUGUUGAAAACCGAAUGAUGGAUGAUGGACCUACUCAAAUGUUUUUUAAUAGGCCAUUUUUGUUUAAAAUCUUCAGCAAUGAUGAGAAGAUCCCCCUGUUUAUGGGACAAGUGCUAAAUGUUGAGAUCAACAGUAACUCAGCUCCGGUCAACCCUGUCUAGUUUAUGGGACAAGUACUUAAUGUUGAGAUCAACAGUAACUAAGCUCCGGUCAACCCUGUCUAGUUCAUUGUGCCCAAGGGUUUGGUCACCUUUUUGAAAAUGUAGAAACUAACCCAAGUUUCGGAAUAAUGAAAUUUUUAUUGCUCAAAAAUUACCAUAACAGCCAGAUUCUACAAAUCUUUCUGUCUAAAAUAAGAGUGUUUUUGCAGCAGAUUUUUGAAAUUAUUUCCCUUUUUAAAUUAAUGAAAAAAAUAGAUUUUAAAUAUAUCUGUUUACUUAAUCGUAUUUUGUGCCUUGUGUUGUCAUAAAAAUUAAAUCCACAAAAAAUCUGUGUUUUUAAAAAGGUGAGCAUUCUCUGGAAAGGGGCACGUUAUCUUAAAAAUUAUAUCUGACCAAGCAUUAAUUAGAUAUUAAUAAUUUUCUUUUUCAACAUUGAUCAUUUUCAAUAAGUUUUACUUCAGAAACAAUGGAAGAUAUGAUUAGAAUUGAACACUUGUUAAGCUUGAAAACUGUUAAUAUCUUCAACAAUUUUGAUCGGAUAAGGAUUUAAGGGUAACGUUCUCUCUAUAAAUAAUUCAUAACACUCCCUUUAAAUUUGAAAUAUGAUAAUAAAGAAUAAGUUGAAAAAAA